CGCACUACCGGGGCAUCAACACCAACUUGGCCUAUCAAUGCUUUUUGGGUAACGGUUCUGUUUGCGCAAAUUGCUCUCCCGGAAACAUGCCACUUGUCAGAAAGCUCCUGAUAUUCGCUGCCGUCGAUGGGCUCGUGCUCCAGCCCCGCUCACAUCCUCAAGCCCAGCAGCAGCAGGCUAUAGGGAUCGACUACAAGGGCAAUGUAGGCCCCCUACUGAACAAUGACCAUGAGGACGACGAUACACUAUCGUCAUUCGAAGCGCAUGGUGUUGUAGGGCUGCUCACGGUAGCUACUUCAGUCUUCCUCAUAUCGAUAUGCGGUCGCGAACAAGUCGCACAAAUACGCGGUAAACCCAUCUAUAAGAUUACUGGCGUCGCACUUAUCCCUCUCGCUUCUCAAGCAGAGGCUGACAAAGCCAUCACCUCCACGCGCGAACACCUUCACAGACAUAACAAAGGACGAGGGACAGGUGAGAAUGACACAGACAGUGAGAACGAAGAUGAGGCGUCCAGUAUUACCGACUCGCUAGUCGAAGAGAUGCCACGUUCACCAACCGAGGUGAAGGAUCCGGUCACAGGCCAAAGGGGCCCCGCAGACAAGAGGUCCAGCGUCGCCGAAGAUGUCAUGCAAAAGAAGGGUGUCUACGGACGAUUCGCCGACAGGUGGUUCUCGCGUAAGGGUUGGAGCGCAGAGAGCAGACGGACGCAGGGCCUGAGCUCAGAAGAGGAUCUUGCUGCAAAGAACGUCCCGAAGAAUGUUGAUUCCACAGGGCCUACAGAGGACGCAGACGCCUCGACACCAGACAAGCUUCCAAGUGACGGGGAGACUACUCCAGGCUCGGUGAAACCGGAGGACAUCCCGAGGGUCUUGGAGGGAGAGCAAGACGCGACGACAGUAGCACUGCUGCCGCGUGUAAUACAGACAACGAAAAUGUAUUUCUCGUCUGGCAACUUCUUCUACUCGUACGACUACGACCUGUCGCAUGCAAUCGCCAACCAGUCCACAAAUGCUAGCAUCCCACUGUUCAAGCAGUACGACCCUUUGUUCUUCUGGAACCAACAUAUCGUCACACCCUUCAUAGAAGCCGGCCAAAAUUCCUUUGUCCUACCAGUCAUUCAAGGCUUCGUUGGUCAGCGCCCCUUCACACUCAAGAUUGCAGACGGCAAGACAGACAGUCUGGUCGUUGAUAAGGAUGCAACACCAGACGACAUACAAUUGCAGUCGUGGCAUGAGAAACAGGAGAAAGAAGAUACGGCUGCGGCUGAGUCGGACAGGGAAGAACCAGCAGCGGCUCUAGUCGAUGGCAAGGACUUCCUUCUUACUCUCGUCUCGAGACGUUCGAUCAAGCGUGCUGGGCUGCGCUACCUGCGACGUGGAAUUGACGAUGAGGGUCGCACUGCCAACACAGUCGAGACUGAACAGAUACUCUCACCACCCUCAUGGAACACAUCACAAGAUAAGAUCUUCUCCUUUACCCAGCUCCGUGGCUCAAUACCGCUCUUCUUCUCGCAAUCACCCUACAGUCUGAAGCCUCAAGUCUCCACCUGGGGCUCAUUUGAGACCAAUGGUCAAGCCUUCAAGCGACAUUUCAACGACUUGGCCAUGCGCUAUAGCGAAGUCUAUGUCGCAUCACUAAUCGACAAACACGGCACAGAGGCCAAGAUUGGCGAACUCUAUGAGCAGCAUGCCAAGGACCUCAACGAUCACGGCGGCAUCAAUGGUAAAGGAAAGCAACUCGGCUUCGAGUGGUUUGACUUUCACAAUGUCUGCCGAGGAAUGCACUUCGAAAACGUCUCCAAACUGAUGGACACCCUCGGUCCGUUCCUUGAAUCGACCGGGUGGACAGAGAUUUCCAACGAUUCCAUCGCACAUAAACAGUCAGGCAUCCUGCGCACGAAUUGUAUGGACUGUCUCGACCGCACCAAUGUCGUUCAAAGCGCAACCGCACGUAGCGCCCUCGAACAGCAACUCUCAGCUGGCAGUUACACGAUCGAUCUACAGACUGAUCCAUCUACUUCAUGGUUCAAUAUCCUUUGGGCUGAUAACGGCGACAACAUCUCACGCCAGUAUGCCGGUACCGCCGCUCUCAAGGGCGACUUCACACGCACCCGCAAACGACAAAUAACCGGUGCAUUGACCGACUUCGGUCUUACUCUCACCCGCUACUACAACAACAUCGUCAAUGAUUACUUCGCGCAAGCUGUCAUCGACUACCUCCUUGGUCGCGCAACAGAGACUAUCUUUGCCGAAUUCGAAGCCGACAUGAAGAGCAGCGACUACUUCAUCGACGUCCGCAAGGUCAGACAGGCGGCCAUCGAGCGUUGUGCUGCGCGCGUCAUCGAGGAUCAAGACGAAGAUCUCAUCCAUGGCUGGACACUGUCUGUUCCUACAAGUGCAAACCAUGUGAAGACGGCAACAUUCGAGGAGGCUGUCCUUCUCCUCACCGAGAAAGCACUGUACUUCUGCCGUCUAGAUUGGGGCACAGAGAAGGUUCGCGAGUUCGAGCAUGUUGCUCUGGAAAACGUGCAGGGCCUCAUGCAUGGUGUGUAUAUCACCAGUACGCUAGCUCAGCGCCACAUGGAUGCGGAGAAGAACGUAGGAUUCGUGAUCCGGUACCGCGCUGACGCUCAGGGUGAGCUUAUACGCCGCAACACAAGAGCUCUAGACUCAGGCGCCGCCAACGACGAGCAAAAGAAAGACGAGAAGAAGGCGAAGUUGGAGGAGGGGAGGUUCUUAGCUUUUAAGGCGCUGCCACCCAGGACUAGCGUGCCGACCGAGGGCGAGAAGGCGGAGAGUGAGGGAGAAGUGGUGAAGAGUAUCUGUGAGGAAAUUAUCAGAGUCGCUAACAAGGCGAAGAAGACGGCGUCCGGCACUGAGAGUGAAGACAGGAUACUGGAAGUUGAGGAUAAAGACAUCAUUAGCUUAGCGAAUGCGAAGAAGAGCACAGGGUAUCUGGAGCAAAUUGGGUAUUCGUUGAAGAAGCUUGUUUGGUAAGAAUCCUGCCCUUUUAAGGGGGUGUAUACGUAUAGAUACGCACAUCCAGGUAAUGAGCAUAAUAUCAGUUCUCAAUUCUGCGCC